UUAUUAUAACAGCAAAGGUGCAGGUGCAUCAACAUAUAUUUUUUAUAGUUUGGUUUUAAUUUCAGAGCUCAAGUGACCAUGGGGCAGUGUGGAAUUACGUCAUCCAAAACCGUCUUGGUUUUUCUCAAUCUCAUAUUUUGGGCUGCCGCUGGAAUUUUAUGCUACAUCGGAGCCUAUGUGUUUAUCACAUAUGACGACUAUGACCACUUCUUUGAAGAUGUGUACACAUUGAUUCCUGCCAUCAUAAUAAUAGCCGUCGGGACUCUUCUCUUCAUCAUCGGCUUGAUUGGCUGCUGCGCAACUAUACGUGAAAGCUCCUGUGGUCUGGCAACUUUUGCUGCCAUUCUCCUGCUGGUGUUUGUAACAGAGUGUGUGGUGGUGGUGCUUGGCUACAUAUACAGGGCAAAGGUAGAAGAUGAGGUGAAUCACUCCAUCCAGAAGGUUUACAAUGAAUACAAUGGCACCAACACUGAUGCUCCCAGCCGUGCUAUUGACUAUGUGCAGAGGCAGCUUCACUGCUGUGGCAUUCACAACUACUCUGACUGGAGGAACACUCGCUGGUUUAAAGAAUCUAAGAACAACAGCGUCCCAGUCAGCUGCUGUCAGCCCAGCAUCACUAACUGUACCGGCACUCUCACUCGACCAGCAGAUCUCUACCAAGAGGGUUGUGAAGCUCUUGUUGUGAAGAAGUUAAAGGAGAUCAUGAUGUAUGUCAUAUGGGCUGCGCUCACUUUUGCAUCUAUACAGAUGCUGGGCAUGCUCUGUGCCUGUGUGGUGCUGUGCAGGAGGAGUCACGACCCAGCGUAUGAGCUGCUGGUCACAACCAACAGCUAUGCAUGAAGGACGCAGCCAACCAACGAAGCAUUCAGUAAAUCAAAAGGAUCGUCACCGGACAUGUCCACAGUAGAUUUCAGCUGUAGUUAUAUAAGCUCAAGCACACCUUGCACAAUCCAUGAUAAAGUAGCGAACACUGAUGAUGUGGUUCGGGUGGGUGGGGGCUUCAAGGGGAAACCAGUUAUUUAUUGACAUGCUUUGUGAGUUACUGUUACUUUAAAUGUUCUUUUUUUUCCUCCUUAUGAAUACCGAAAUAUUUACAGAAGCCAAAGUUGUAUAUGGCUAAUUGACAUUAUUGAUGUUGAUGCAGAUUUUUUUUCUUCUUUUAAUUGUGGCUUGAUCAAAUUUGAGCUCAUCCCCUUUGAGGAUGAUAAGAAGUAUUUUGGAGCAUACGUGUGAAAUUGUGGCUGGGAGUGUUGUAUGGAAUGUAUUUCCUUGUGGGCUAGUUUGCACUACAGCUUGAGCUCUGGAGAUAUUUCAUGGCUAUAAAUGGAAAACUCUAUGCUAAAAAGAACAUGUACACUAUUGCUAAGAACUUGUUUUUUUAGUACCAGACUUUGUGAAAAUGGAAAAACAUUUAACCAUAGACUGAACAGAUUCAGUGUUUUUAUCUCAGUCUUUAAAAAUAUUGUUUGUGGAGCAGCUCUGCAUUUUAUCUCUCAAAGCCAUGUUUGGCAGAAAGACGUCUUCAUAUUCACAAAUGUCCAGGUUUGAAUAAUGUACAUUCUGUUUUGGUGUGGAUAUUCUCCAAAUCGGGCUGCAAUAGUGAGGCAUUGCCAAUAUAUAAAUUGUGAAUGAACCUUUUAUUCUCCAGUGCUAUUAGUAGGAAUAUUAUCAGUGUUACCUGAAGACCUGUGUAUGUGUAGGUUCACUUUGUUACAGUCAGAAAUCCCUCUGUUUAGUUUGUUAGUUAUAAACCUGCUAUAAAGAAUUUCAACACAUUAUUUUAUACAUUUUUGUGAAAUUGUGCACCGUUUUAUUAUUUUUAGGCAGUUAAGAUGACCCCUAGAUAUUUAGCUAGUGCUGCAGAAAAAAUAUGAUGAACAAACUUGUGUAUAAACUGGAAAACAGGCAGGAGACGAAUAAACUCAUACAUUUCAA